GGCUAACCCAAAUACACUAGAACCACAUAUGUAGUACGAUGGUACUCAAUCAUUCCAUAGUUCGAUUCUCCCUCUCCAUAAUUAACAUCAUCUUUCUCGGUCACCUUUCCUAAUGCUAAUUCCUCUCUCUCUCUCUCUCUCUCUUUUGUGUGGUCUGUUGCUCUUAACUGGGUUGCCAUGGAGACUCUGAACCUGUGCACUCCAUCACUUCCUGUAUUCAAUUUGAUGUUCAGCACCAUAUAUCUCUUGGGCUACUUCAUAAUUUUCAGGAACUGGAAACAAAAUCUCAGGCCUGAAGCUUCAAGUUGUCUCGUCUCUCUCGCCCAUGGAACUCCUGCUGUUCUCUUAUCCCUCUAUUCAAUCUUGUACCCACAAACCCAACUUAAUUUCGCUUCACCAAACACCAACUUCCAGAACAUGGUUCUUGACUACAGCAUUGCUUACUUCUUCAUGGACCUCUUACAUUACAUGAUCUUCAUCCCCAGUGAUGUCCUCUUCAUUGCUCACCACUUAGCUACUCUAUAUGUAUUCCUGACAUGUCGAUAUAUAGUUCAUCACGGCGGUUCCGCCAUACUUGUUCUUCUUGUCCUUGCUGAGGUUACAAGUGCUUGUCAGAAUACUUGGAGCUUUGCCAGAUUCCGAAAAGCCGAUGUGCCGGUGGCUGCCAAAGUGUAUGAGCGCUUGUCUCCUGUGUUUUAUGCAUUUUAUUCCGUGGUUAGAGGGGUUCUUGGACCGCUUUUUGUGUACAAAAUGGGUUUAUUUUAUGCAAAUGGUGGAGCUGAUGGAGUAAUUCCUAGGUGGGCUUGGAUUUCUUGGAUGGCUGUGAUUGUCAGUGCAAUCUUGGUUAGCAUAUUGUGGGUUAUCAAUCUCUGGAUAGAUUUGUAUAGAGAAAGAACCAAGAAAGAGGAAAGGAAAUCGAGUUAGAGGUUGGUGAUUCUUUGAUUCAACCCCAAGGUUAAAUGUGGGGGGGUUAUUUGUGAAUAUGUAGUUAAAUCAAGGGUUCAAAUCCAAAUUUCUGGGUGACGAUUGCUCUGAUGGAAGAUGGAAAUUAGAUUACAGCCUGUAUAAUACUAUUGUUUCAUUUAUAUAAUCUUU